AUGAGCACAAAGCCCCCAAUCAGAGCCUGUCUGUUCGACAUGGACGGCCUGCUCCUCAACACAGAAGACCUGUACACGCUAUGUUCGUCCACGGUGCUCCUUCGCCACGGUCGCCCACCUUUACCCUGGUCCCUGAAAGCCAAGAUGAUGGGAGUGCCGGGCUCGUCCAACGGCGACCUCUUCCACGCGUGGGCGCAGCUACCAAUCUCACGCGAGCAGUUCGCCGCCGAGCAGCGCGAGCAGCAAGAACAGCACUUUCCCGAGUGCCGACCGCUACCGGGCGUUGAGAAACUGCUCGCCACCCUGCGCACGGCUAAGAGCGGCACGGAUGGCCGGUAUCCUAUGCAGAUGGCCCUUGCGACUAGUAGCGAGACGUACAACUUCAAUCUCAAGACGUCGAACCCGACCACCAGAGCAGUCUUGGACCUGAUUGAGCUGCGGCACCGAGUACUCGGGGAUGAUCCCAGGGUCCCGAAGGGUAGAGGCAAGCCGUCCCCAGACAUCUAUCUCGUGGCUCUGCAGGCUAUCAACGACACUCUUCCCAGCGAUGUCCCACAAAUCACCCCGGCAGAGUGUCUCGUCUUUGAAGACAGCGUCAUUGGUGUCGAGGCUGGCAGGAGGGCGGGUAUGCAAGUCGUCUGGGUACCGCACGCAGAAAUCGCAGCGCAGUACCACGGUCAAGAGUCUGAGGUCCUUGCGGGGAGAAUCGGUUUGGUCCCGAUCGGAGACGAAGAGCAGCUCGGGCAGCCAGGCGAUGGCUGGGCGCAACAAUUACCGUCGCUCGAGAACUUCCCUUACGCCCGUUACGGCAUGUUCGUCUCCUGA